GUGAAAAGUAUGGCAGUCUCGUUGAAAUCAUGAUUAGAAAUGCUGUCAGAGAGUUACUCUGUAACUUCAAUAUCAGAUCAACCUGGAAACCCAAUAGCUCCCCACUGUUCAGCGUGGUCGCAGUCCCACUUCAAAACAUUCGAUGGUAAAAUCUACAACUUCCACGGUGCGUGUCGUUACACCCUCGCCAUGGACUGUACAUCGUUCACCUUCCGCGUCUCAAUCCAAAACGACUUUGAGUGUUUCAACCCGGGAUCGGGCAACGUGUGCAACAGAACUGUGGUCAUCCUAAACGGCGAUGCUACAACACCGGUCUACCUACGCCCAGGGCUCGUUGUCGGACACGGGUCGUCGAGCCUCGAUCUACCGACAACCUUAGAUGGUCUUGUGAUUGAGAGGGUCGGAGACAGCAUCAUGGUGACUAGCGGUCUAGGGUAUAAGGUUGUUUUUGAUGGAGACGAAGCACUGACGGUUUACAUCACAUCGGAUGAUCUGAGACAGCAUACAUGCGGACUGUGUGGAGUGUACAAUGAUAACCCUGAUGAUGAGUUCAAGGGACCUGGUGGCAGGACUUAUGACAAUGCCUAUGACUUUGGUCUGUCAUGGAAAGAAGACGAGGAUUGUGAUGAUGUGCCAGCGCCUACAACCCUCUGCACUCAGAUCUUCAUCCCGCCUCAUCUCGUUCACUUCUACAAAGACUUUAUUGACCAUGGCCACUUUGUCAAGGCUACCUGUAAAGCACUAGAAGAUGAUGCUCGUUUUACAAGUUGUCACUCGGUCAUUGAUGUGACACCAUACAUAACGGCCUGUCAGAGAGACAUGUGUAACUGUAUGAACGGACAGGAGGAGUGUUCCUGUAACAGUAUGACCGCGUACGCCCAAGAAUGCUCACAUAAUGGCGUCACACUUGACUGGAGAUCAAAUGAGUUAUGCCCCUGGACAUGCUCAGCGGACACCGUCUAUCAUUCCUGCGGUACAACCUGCACCCAGAUGUGUGGCUCAGCAGUAGGUGACUGUGAAGAAGAGAGAUCUGUGGGGUGUAUCGAAGGCUGCCAGUGUCCCUCUGACCGCUACCUUAACAGCGAUGGUCACUGCGUUAAAGAAGACGACUGUCCCUGUGUUAGCAAUGGGGUCGAGUACGAGACAGGAUCAACAAUAUCCGACGGAUGCAAUCAGUGCACUUGUGAUGGUGGAAAAUGGACAUGCACAGAUAAAGUAUGCGAGACUGUGUGCUGGGCUACUGGUGACCCACACUACAAGACGUUCGAUGACAAACGCUACGACUUCAUGGGCGAGUGCGCGUACCACCUCAUCAAAGACUGCUGGAACGACGUGGACACAUUUGAAGUCAUCGCUGAGAACGCCCCGUGUCAUCACCACGGCGCAACGUGCACCAAUAAAAUAACGGUGAGAAACAACGAAGAGUACGUCACGCUGUUUAAGAACCACCGCGUUGCGGCCAACGGUGAGGAUGUUGAUACACUGCCAUACGUUGGGAAUGGAAUCAUGGUGGAUAAGCCGACCUCAUUGAUCACAGUGGUCUCCCUCGGCAAUGGUUUGGUCGUCCGUUGGGAUGGAAACAGCCGUGUAGAGGUUGUUGCUCCCCCAACAAAGUUUAACAGAACUUGCGGCUUGUGUGGAACAUUCAACAAGCACCAAGCCGAUGACUUCAUGACGCCCGAGGGCGAGAGAGUUAGCUCUCCCAUAGUUUUUGGGAACAGUUGGAAAGCCUCCUUCCCGGGGGAUACCUGUCCCGAUCUACCCCCCAUUGAGGAACCACAGGAUGUGUGCGCCAUGUUCUCACAGAGACAAAUCAUCGCUAAUGAGCAGUGCUCCAAGCUAUACAAUGAACCGGUUUUUCAAGCUUGUCACAGAGUUCUGGACCCAGCUCCAUACGUAGAGGAUUGCCGUUAUGAUGUGUGUAAAGGCAACGGACACGAUGACAACUGUCCUAUGUUCAGCCAGUACGCCUCCGACUGUAGACAAAAGGGUGUUGUACUAAAGGAUUGGAGGAAGUCUAUUUCAGAAUGUGAUAUCACGUGUGACUUUGAUGGCAUGUCCUAUUCAGAGUGUGCGCCCUCUUGUGGCGCAUCCUGCCAAUCCAUUCAUGCGAUUGCUAACGGUGCCACCUGUCGCGAUGUUUGCGUUGAGGGAUGCCACUGUGAUAACGGCAAGGUGCUUGGGCCUGGGGGAAACUGCAUCCCUGAAUCCCAGUGUCCGUGUGAGAACAAUCAUGAAUGGUUUGCAAAUGGCGAGCUCAUCGACGAGGGUUGUGGGACAUGCUCCUGUACCAGUGGUACCUGGCAGUGUGAUGAUGUCACCUGCCCGCCAAUCACCUGCCCACCACACCAGUUCUACAGUGAGUGUUCCCUCCCUCUUGCCUGCCAGCCGACAUGCAAGAACUUCCACAACCCUCCCCCGUUUAACGGUGAAUGCCAACCUGCCUGUGAGUGUGACACAAACGCUGGAUAUGUGUUACACGACGGCGUCUGUACGGCCAUCGCUGAGUGUCCGUGCUACUACAAAGGAGAAGUAUAUGCCCCUCAUGAGGAAGUGAAAUGCGGGUGUGAAGUUUGCACCUGUGAGAACGGAGACAUGAAAUGUGACAAUCAGUAUUGUGAAGGGAGCUGCAUAGCCUGGGGUGACCCUCACUACCAGACGUUUGAUGGGAAGAAGUACGACUUCCAGGGUGAAUGUGACUAUGUCCUCGCUACCAACAGCCACUAUCCGGAGGCUAGGCAGUUCCAUAUCCUGGUUGCUAAUGUACCAUGUGGAUCCGGUGGUGUGACCUGUACUAAAGCUAUCACAAUGUCCAUAGGAACCGGUCCCGAACAAGAGAAAGUUCGUCUAGUCCGUGGUAGCCCAAUUCAAGUUGAUACUGGUAUCGGUGGACUGACUGAAUUCACCAUUACUGAGUCCGGCUUAUAUAUCUUGGUACACACCCGUAUCGGAGUGACACUCAUCUGGGAUCGAGCGACAAGAAUCGAAGUGAAGGUUACCGGUCAACACUUCAACAGUGUUGGUGGUCUUUGUGGAAACUACAAUGACAUGCAGGAGGAUGACUUCUUACCCCCAGGGGGUGGUAUUCCUCUUGUUGACCCUAAUGACUUCGGUAACAGCUGGAAGGUGCAUGACUACUGCGGCAAGCCAAGUCCCAUCACGGACCCCUGCGUAGAGAACCCACACCGAAAAACCUGGGCCCAGAAGAGAUGCAGCAUCAUUAACUCUGACCUCUUUGCACGGUGCCACCAGUAUGUCCCACCUACAUCGUACUUCAACAAGUGCGUCUUUGAUUCCUGUGGAUGUGAUUCUGGAGGCGACUGUGAAUGCAUGUGCACCGCCAUCGCCACUUAUGCACAGAAGUGCAACGAGUUUGGCGUACCCAUCAAAUGGAGGUCGCAAGAACUUUGUCCAAUUCAGUGUGAGGGUUGCCUGACCUAUGAGCCUUGCAUCCCAGUCUGCGAGUCUUCUUGCGAGAACACCCCCUUUGCCCUCCCUAAUGGUCUGUGCGUAGACACCUGUGUAGAAGGAUGCGCAUGCCCACCGGGCACCAUACUAGAGAACGACGAAUGCGUGGAGGAGUGUAAAGAAGUUCCAACAACCCUCUUGCCCAGCACUGUCCAGCCGACAUCCCAGGAGCCAACAAUGACAACACACGUCAAACAUAAUCCCACCACCCUGCCUCCAUCAACCAGAGCCUCAACCACUACACACCCACCGCAGCCAACAACGCCUGCAGAAAUCUGUGAUUGUUGGGGAUAUGGUGAUCCACAUUACUUUGACUUCAACGGUGUGGAGUUUGACCACCAGGGACUCUGUACCUACGUCCUUGCCCAGGACAAGAGUAACCCGCCCCAAUUCACUGUCCUCCUACACAACGUAGAGUGUGACAGUUUCCCCGGGACGACCUGCCCAAGGGAGGUGGAGGUUAUCUACGAUGGACAUCAGAUCAGGAUGCUCGCUGAGAAGAAUGACUUAGGGGAAUAUGAGGUGAUUAUAAACGGUGAUCGCUACACCCCUCCAGUGCUUACCUUCGACUCCUUCACAGUGGAGAUAGCUGGUCUGUACAUGCUGUUUGAUGCACCUAGUAUCGGUCUACAGGUGCGCUACCUCCCUGUGGAUCUACACUACUUUAAGGUUGAGGUGCCUAAAGUAAUCUACUAUAAUAAUACGGAGGGACUAUGCGGUAAUUGUGGUAAUCCCGAGCCAACUUGCGAGGAGAACGGCACCUGCUGUGAUUGGCUUGCUCCGCCGUCUAUCCCUUCUGAGUGUGGCUGUGAUGAAGCUGAACCUACUGAGUGCAUACCUGGCCCUGAUGUGGUGGAAUGGUGCGACAAAUUGUAUGAAGAUUUAUUCAGUGACUGCCACCAUGUGGUAGAUCCGGAGAUGUUUCACAAGAACUGUCUUUACAAUGGCUGCUUUGCCAAUCAAGUAGACUGCUGGGAUUUUGAAGCCUACGUCACCGAGUGUGCCGCAAACGGUGUCUGCAUGGACUGGAGGGAAGACGACUUUUGUCCAUUUGACUGCAUGAGUGAUGAGCUUCACUACAGAGAGUGCACUUGCCCGGAUGACAUCUACACCAGUUGCUUUCCCUGGGACAAAGAACCACAUCUAUGUGACCAGGAUCCUGUCUCUGGCUGCUUCUGCAAUGAAGGAUCAAUGGAUGACGGCAGUGGAAAUUGCAUUCCAUGUCCUACUGUUAUUCCUACAACGCCUGUAAGAACAACUACUGUUCCAACGACUCAGCCAGAACCCACAACUAAGGCAACCACUCCUAAAGAGUCAACGACUCAACCACCACCAGAAUCAACAACAGUUACAACUACUCCACCGCCAACAACUCAAGAAGCUAAGUACACAACGUCUCCGCCAGAGUCCACAACGGUUGAGUCUACUGUACCAGAAUCAACGACUGUUGAAUCCACUCAACCAGAGUCCACAACUGUUGAGUCGACUUCACCUGAGUCAACGACUGUGAAAUCCACCCAACCACCAACUACAAUGUUAACCACAACACUUCCACCAACAACCACACCCACCCCUCCGAAGGAAUCCACAACUGUUGAGUCCACACCGCCAGAAUCAACAACAGUUGAAUCAACUCCCCCAGAAUCAACGACUGUGAAAUCCACCAUACCAACAACCACAACACUUCCACCAACUGAACCCACAACAGUCAAGUCCACUCCACCUAGAUCAACAACUGUGGAAUCCACUCCACCAGAGUCAACAACUGUGGAGUCCACUCCACCAGAAUCCACUACAGUUGAAUCCACCCAACCAGAGUCCACAACAGUUGAGUCUACUCAACCUCCAGCAACUACAGUCGUUGAAUCUACAACUCGUAAAACAUCCACAACACGACCAGUUCCGGAAUCCACAACUGUUGAGUCAACCCCACCAGAGUCAACAACUGUCGAGUCCACCCAACCGGAGUCAACUACUGUUAAAUCCACCCUACCACCCACUACAAAACCUGAACCAACAACAGUAAAAUCUACUCCUCCACAACCUACAACUGUCGAGUCCACUCCACCAGAAUCAACAACAGUCGAGUCCACUCCGCCAGAGUCUACAACAGUUGAGUCUACUCAGCCAGAGUCCACAACUGUUGAAUCCACUUCACCAUCAACUACAAAGUUAACCACAACACUUCCACCAACUGAACCCACAACAAUCAAGUCAACUCCACCUAGAUCAACAACUGUCGAGUCCACUCCACCAGAAUCAACAACAGUCGAGUCCACUCCGCCAGAGUCCACAACAGUUGAGUCUACUCAGCCAGAGUCCACAACUGUUGAAUCCACUCCACCAUCAACUACAAAGUUAACCACAACACUUCCACCAACUGAACCCACAACAAUCAAGUCAACUCCACCUAGAUCAACAACUGUGGAAUCCACUCCACCAGAAUCAACAACUGUGGAGUCUACCCCGCCAGAGUCCACAACUGUCGAAUCAACUCCCCCAGAAUCCACUACUGCUGAAUCAACACAAGAGGUCACCACGAUAGAAUCCACUCAGGCGUCAACAACCGGGGUCACAACGGUAGAGUACACAACAGCAGAAAGCACUCCUGAUGAAGCAACUACCGUAGAAUCAACAACGGAAUCACCGACCACUGCGGAAGUCAUCGAAAGCACAACGGAACUUUUGCCCGGAACAACCGAAUGUGUCCCUGGGGUCCACAAGACCUGCCAGUGGAGUCAGUAUCUUGAUGACGACGUAAGCGGCGUAACACUCAAUCCAAGUUACGAAUUCGAGCUGAUCCAAGACUUCGUCAACUCCGGUCUCUACGACGACGUCUGCCAAAUCCCGGAAGCUAUCGAGUGUGUCCUCGCCAGAGAUCACAGCAUCUCCUACAACAUGACCACGCAGGAUGUUCUUUGCUCUACGCACCUGGGUUUGACGUGUUACAACUCUGAAGCUCAAGUAUGUCUCGAUUACGCGAUACGCAUCCAAUGCUGCCAACAGAAGCGGGUAGUCUGCGGUUCCACUGAGUCUCCUUCCACGACAAUUGCGUCAACCGUACCGGAAGAGAGUACGACAGAGUUGUCAACUCUUCCGGCUGAGAGCACAACGAUGGAAUCUACCACCCUUGAGCAGGAGACCACCACUGUCCCACCAACAACUACCGUCCCAUCUACAACGGAAGUUCAACAGACCACAGUGUGUGUCCCGCAUCAUGAAUACCGCUGCGAAUGGACCCCAUUCUACGAUGACAGUGACAGCGUACACGGGGAGUUCGAGCUCAUCAGAGACCUCCAAGACGCCCAUCCGGGAGAAAUCUGCGAGAGCCCAGAAAACAUUGAGUGCGUGCUGAGCUCCAACCACAGCAUCAGCGCCGGCGAGGUCGGUCAGGAUCUCAUCUGUCUCCCGAAUAUUGGUCUCGUCUGUCAAGAUUUCAACAACGGACAGAUUCAGCCGUUUGAGUGUUAUGACUACAGCGUGCGGUUUGAGUGCUGUGAGAGUGUGUUUAUUCCUUGUGGUAGUACGGAAGCUCCCUUGCCUACCACUAAGAGAAUGACCACGCCUCCGGAGUCUACGACAGCGGAGAGCACUACCUUGCAGUCCACUACUACGGAAUGUAUUGAGACUGUGGAGACCAUUUGUGAUUGGUCACCGUGGCUGGAUGAUGACAUCAAGGUUGGACCAAUGGGAGAGUUUGAGCUGAUCUCAACAUACCGUGAGGAUUAUGACAUCUGUGACAUGCCGAGUAAGAUAGAAUGCGUCUUGAAGAGUCGGCCAGGAGUUCACUCCAAUGAGACCGGUCAGGAAGUGACCUGCGACGUCACAGAAGGUCUGGUAUGCCUCCAUUCGGAACAGACAGAUUUCCCGCCAUUUUGCUUCGACUACAUGAUCCGUGUACAGUGUUGCCAUGACGUGACGGUACCCUGUUCUCCGGUCACCACUAUCGCCGCUGAAUCAACGACUAAACCCACAACCAAACCACAGCCUACAACGGCCGUUCCGACGAUAAAGCCUGUUCUCACAACAGAGCCGGUGUACACCACAAAACCUGUGUCGCCCACGACGGUUCAACCGACCACAGAACCGGUUUCCAGCACCACAAGAAGAAUAGCUGAGUCAACCACGCGGACGGUCACUGAAAUUCAAGAAUCAACUACUCUUUCUGAGUCCACACUCCCUCAGGAAUCAACAACUGGUGAGUCAACCACUGAAAAUGAAGUUACUACAGCUGAGGAGCCUACCACUUCCCAAGCGGAGUCAACUACAAAGAAACCCACAACACGUCCCCUCCCAUCCACCCAAGCACCAACAACACCUUGCAAGCCGACCUACACAGAGGUCUGUGAAUGGAGCCCAUGGCUCGAUGACGACGAAUUCAAAGUUGGCCCAAUCGGAGAGUUUGAACUGAUCUCGACAUUCCGCGAUAACUACGAUAUCUGUGAGGAGCCUACAGAGAUACUGUGCGCCCUCAAGAGUGACCACAACUUACACGCAAACAUGACGCAUCAGAAAUUGGUUUGUACCCCCGAUGAGGGACUCAUCUGUCUCCAUGCCGACCAGACAGGCUUGCCACCAUUUUGUUUUGAUUACUCCAUUCGAGUGAAGUGUUGUAAGAGCGUGAGUAAUGGAUGCGUCACGACGCCGGAGCCUGUCGUCACUACGGUGGAAUCGACGUCACCAGAGGUUGUCAUAACAACUGCACCAUCUCAUAUCAUCGAGAAAUGUUCACCGAUCAUGUCCGAGGAUGCAAUCACCAUCAGCAAAGACGGCUGCUCAACCCCUACUCCGGUCUUCCUCCCUCAAUGUCAAGGACGCUGUGAGUCUCACGCAUCCUUCGGUGGUUUCGAUAGCGAUGGCAACGAGUUCUGGAAUAGCUCCUGCGGGUGCUGUCGACCCAAAGCGUUCGAGGUGGACCACUAUGAGCUUAUGUGCGAGGACGGAGAAACAGUGACACUGCCGGUGGAUAUUGUGACGGAAUGUUCAUGCAAACAGCUUGACUGCCCCUCACGCUAAGCCAAUCUAGUAAUCGGAGGCUUAUGUUUAAAAAGGUUAUGAAACAUUAAUUAGCUGGAAAUCUUACCUAUCUACACACAGCUACAUUAUUAGCGGUGGACUUUCCCAAUUAAUCAACUUGACUGCCCCUCCUGCUAAGUGAAUCUGUUAACUAUAGCUCUAUGUUUAAAACUUUAUUUUACAAAAAUAAGCAGUCUUAAUAAGAAUCUUAGCUUACUACACACAGCUACAUUAUUAAGGGACUUCCCCAAAUAUUUAUAAACAUCAAUUCCGUUUUAAUUCAACUGUAAUAGAUGUCCUUAUCAAUCAGAGUAGCACUGGAAAUACUAAAGUAAAACCCGUUUCAGACAGGCGCUCUAGAGUUGCCCCAAACCAAAUUCUGGAUUAAGUACAUGAAAGGUUCGACAUUCAAAUCAGUUAGGAGCGACUGGAUGCGCUAGAAGUCAAAGGAUUAGCUGAUGAAGUCAAUCUGGAUAACUCUGGAGCUCCUUAGUUUCAGACGCUGAUCUUGUGACGAGCCGAGACAAUGUAAAUGUUAUGUUAAGUUUGUCUGUCUGAAACCAAAAUUUAUUUGGGUCGACCUAGAGUCGCUCCGAAUCUAUUUAGUUCUGCACGCCUAUCUGAAAUGGGUGUGACAAUGUUUACAUUUAUGCAAAGUGUGGUCAAAUAUAAGACACGCAGUGGACAUUAGAGUCGGGGUUGUAGAGUUGUUAUUGUUUUAAUACAAAAGGCAGAUUUGUGCCAACCAAUUAAUACAUUUUUGUGUUUUGUUCCAAAGUCGCUAACACCAAAUAGUUGUCACAAUAUUUUGUUUAUAAAAUCAACAAAACUACUUUUUUUAAAUAAAAUAACAUAAAAAGGCAGUACCUUUGCUUAGGCAGGUACACUGUAGAGUUUGCCGUUUAGGUUUGUUUCUCUGCUUAUAAAAGAAAAGGAAAGUUGGU